AACUUUGACCCCACAGUCUCGUACCCAGAUCCGCCAUUUUCGCCAUUUUGAUUUUUGUUCAGGACAACUUCGGGAAGUUUCUUUGCUACUGGCCGCCGGAUCUUCUGUACCUACCGAUUUCUGUAAGGCUUGAGACCUCUAGGAGCAAAUUAUCAAUAUAGCCAUGGAGAGUACUGAUGAUGGCAGUGCUCAUGGAGAGACUCCACAAUACCAGUGCUCACACUGUGACUACCGAACAACCAGGAAAAUUAGCUUGGACAGGCACAAGAAAUCCCACUCGGGAAACAAAACCUUCAAGUGCGAACAUUGUGACUAUUCCACCAACAGUGAGCAGUACUUGGAGGUACACAUGAUGAAACAUGCAGGACCUGGGAAACGGUACGUUUGUGGUGAGUGUGGGUACUCCGCUGCAUCAAAGUCUCAGUUUACAACACACGGUAGGACUCACGCGGGAGGCAAAUCCUUCAAGUGUGACAAGUGUGAUUUUUCAGCAUCCCAAAAGGUCCAGUUAGACAGGCAUCAAAAGAGACACGGCAGCAAAGCAAGCAAGACAGUCCUCCAGUGUGACAGUUGUAAGUAUCAAACAAAAGUACGAGAUGACCUUCUUCGUCACGUAAGACUACGCCACCCAGAAAAGGGGGACAAGAACUGCAGUGUGGAGUGUGACGUAUGCGGGCAGACAAUUUCUCAGCAAAGCCUUGAAGCACAUAUGAAGACACACAACGAGAAACCUUCCGGAAGUAAUCCAAAUGGCUUGGAACAGAAAGACUAUUCGGGACAACAGAGAAAAAAAAGCAACAGCAUUUCAGAAGAACAGAGUGCUAGUAAGAGAUCCAAUACUGAUACAUCUGAGACCACCAGGAGGUCAUUGCGUAAGCGUGUCGGAACUGGUGGUCGUGUUACGGAGUUGCACCCCAAACACCGCUGUCAAGACUGCGGUUACAUCGCUUUAAACAAGUCAUGUCUGACCCGACACAUGAGGACUCACACAGGGGAGAGGCCGUUUAAGUGCUCCCUCUGCAACUACGCCACCACUCAGAGUUGUCACCUGGACAGACACAUGGACUGGCAUGCCGGGAAGGUGAAGAAGCCUUUUGCGUGCAGGACUUGCAAGUACAGGGCGUACAGUCGGUCGACUCUGGAGGAACACGAGAGAAUCCAUACGGGUGAAAAACCGUUUAAAUGUGAUCGGUGCAACUUUUCAACAGCUCACAAAAAGUGCCUCAGAACUCACAUGUCCAAACAUACAAAGGAAGAAGAGCUCAAAUGUGUCCAGUGUAGUUACAAAGCUCCCAGUGGAUAUGCGCUGUACAUGCAUGCCAUGAAGGAGAAAUCCUGUGUGUGCAGUCGCUGCGGGUAUAAAGCAUCUUCAAAAGGUGAUCUAACGCAGCACAUAGCUAUUUGCAAGGGAACUGAAAAGACGCGCAAAGACAGUGUAGAGAACUCAUGCAACAGCCCCUCAGUUAACACUGUGAGGUCUGAAGUGCAGCAAGUAGAGACAUCAAACAGUUUGAGUCAAACCAACGGCACAGAAUCACAGCAAACACAGGACAACAUAGGCCAGGACUCUAACAACAGAGAAAUAGAAGUCAGAAAGGAACCUAUGGCAGACAGUUAUGAAUAUGAAGACUCAUUAGGUUAUAAUGUAGCAGACAAAAAUGCUCUUAAGGAAAUUAACAAUAUAGAAAAAGAUGCCAUAAGCAGUCCAGGCAAUGACUGUACUAACAUUAAAAGCGCACAAGGAACACACAUUCCUUGCAAGAUGCAAACCAAACCUGUAUGUGGGGUUGACAGAGCUUUGAAUACUGUGAGAAAUGUAGCUACGGGUACUGCAGUGGAACACAUGCAAGUUGUAGAAGCUCCAGCCAAUAGCAUGAUUGAAGACACCAAAGAUGAAAGUCAAGAGUCCGUCAAGAAUGAACAGAAAGUCUGUAGUCUAAGGAAGGAUGUAGACCUUAUGCUGCCACUGGCAGAAGAUGAAACAACUGCAGAUUCGUUGGAAGCAAAUCAGUCAGAAGCUUCUCAAGGUUCAAGUUCAAGUGAGGCUGUGGGAGAAAAGGAGGAAAGGGAUGACACUAGAUCUCACCAAAGUCAACCAGUAGCAAGUACAGAUACAAUUGCAGGAAACAGACAACUUGCUGAAAGUGAGACCUUCAAAUACCAGUGUACCACCUGCGUCUACAAGACCAACCACGAGAAGGCCUGGGACCUGCACCUGCAGGUGCAUCCAUCAGGUGACACCUACAGCUGCAACGUGUGCGGCCUCAGCACGAGUAGCGACUCCGCCCUCCGCAAGCAUAAAAUCCAAGACCACUCCUCUUCCACCACGUUUUCCUGCAGCCACUGCAAGUACAAAACCAAGCAGAAGGUCCAGUUGGAAAGACACAUGCGCCACCAUAGCAAGGAGAAGCCGUUUAAGUGCGAUCAGUGCAAUUUUACCACCGCGUACGCACAGUCCUUCAAGCAGCACUUGGUAACGCACGGCGAUGAGAAACCGUUUGCGUGCCCGGAGUGCGACUUUACGGCCAAAUACAAGCCGCAGUUGGCCCGCCACAUGAUGUCACAUUCGGACAAGUUGGGGAAUAUCGAUCAUCUUCUCGGAGUGAAGGUGUUCUUGUGCGAGGAAUGUGGAUUCUGCGCCUUCAACAGCACGUCCUUUAAGAGGCAUGUUAGGUCCCACACCGGAGAGCGGCCGUUCAAAUGCGAGCUGUGCGACUUUGCAACUGCUCAGAAGAGCCACCUGAAACGACACAUGAGCUGGCAUAAAGGCACGCUGAAGAAGAAACACGCGUGUACCCUAUGUUCGUUUAGGUCGGAGAGUCGUACGUGCUUAGCCACGCACAUGAACACACACACUGGUGAAAAGCCCUUCAAGUGUCACCUGUGUGACUUUGCGUCUGGCCACAAACGAAGCUUAGAGCAGCACCUCGCUCGCCACAAAGGGAUCAAGCGUUUCACGUGCGACACAUGCGGGUUUCAGACAGCGGAAAGCUCCCAGAUGACCCUGCACAAGCGGAAACAUUUACCAAACAAACGGCUGCAGUGUGACCAGUGUAAAUACUCAACAGUCUGGCCAAGUAACUUCAAGACCCACAUGCACAAACACAAAGGUAUCCACUCCCACAGGUGUCACCUAUGCAACUUUAAAUCAACGGAUAAGAGCGAGGUAGCCAUCCAUCGUGAGACCGUUCACAAGGAGAAACCAUUCAAGUGCACUUUCUGUGACUACGCCACCAACUACAAGAAAAGCCUCACCCUCCACCUGAUGACUCACACAGGUGAGAAACCCUACGCGUGCGACAUGUGCGAGUACCGGUCCUUACUGAAGUGCAGUAUGGUCGAACACAAGAGGAGACACGUGGGCGAUAAACCCUUCGCCUGUGACCUCUGUCCCUACAAGUCUGUUAAAAAGAGUGCCUUGACCAGGCACAUGAAGAAACAUACGGGCGAGCGCCCCUACCAGUGCGACCAGUGUGGUUUCCGGGCUUCGCAAAAGGAGACCAUCAACCGCCACUUGGAGCGGCACGUUCGGGAGAAGCUGUUUCAGUGCUGCAAGUGUGGGCUGAAGACGGGAACGGCCAGCAAGCUGAAAAAGCACCAGGAGGUCUGUCCGCAGUACGUCCAGGUGCCAGUAGGGCGCGUGCCGCUGUUCGGCCCAGAUGACAUACUACAGCAGGCAAUGACCCAUGCCACUCCAGAGCUGGAGCCCAAUCAUGGAGGCAUGCAGAUCAGCACAGCACAAGCUGCGGAGAUACUGCAGACAGCAGUACUCAAUCUUAAUGCACAGACUGUUGAAGCAAGUACGCAGCCUAGAAAUACAGAAGGGGCAACAAAUGGCAUCCACAAUUCAAACGGGACAAUGAUUAGUGGAAUGUCAAAACCAAAUAUUGUUCCAACUAAUGACAAUCAAGAACAGCUCAGCACAAGUGUGGGCAGAACUGUGGAAGUGUCCAAUGAAAUUACAAGUUCAAGUUUGAUAACAACCAGUGAAAUGGAUGGCACAAGUGUGGCACCAACCAAUGGCAGUGCAGGAACAAGUGGGGGAAGAGUUGUGGAAGAGACCAAUGAAAUCACCAGUACAACUGUGGACACAGCUAAUGAAAUGGCUUGUACAGGUGUGGAACUGACCAAUGGCAGCGCAGGAACAAGUGAAGGACUGAUCACCACCAUCUCGAUCCCCAAUGCGAUACAGCUUACCGGACAAGACGGAGAAAUCAUCCUCAUCGAACCGGGCGUGUUUGAGAAUGGCGGGUUCCUUGGAACGAGCGGAAUGCAGAUUCGUGUAACUCCUGAACAGAUCCUGCAACUUCUAGAAAGGAGUGCCCUACAGGAUGGAGAAAGUGUUGAACAGUUAGAAACAGAGUCCACAGAAACUCAGCAAUGAAAUAAAGCAUAAAUCUUCAUUAUUCAGUUAAUCAGAAUUCUAUUCUAGACAUACAGCUGUGAAGAGACACUUUCCCAAAAACUUGCUACGCUCUUGAUAAAUAGUGGUGCUCAUUUGUAUAGUCACUAAAACGACUAUGACAUGUAUCUGGCACUUACUAUUUUUAGUAAGAAUCAAAGCUAGUUGAGUCUGUAAAGUUUUGUACAACAGAGCCAAAAUUCGAGAAAAAAUACUUGAUCAAAGAUAGAUAUUUAGAAAUACUGUUAACAAGAACAAGGAAGCCUCGUACCAAGAACAAGGAAGCCUUGUACAUGUAUUCAUAGAACUAUUCUUGUAAUUUCUGAAAUAUGAAGAGAUCAAUACUUCAAGUAGUAGAGCUUAAUUUAACUCAGGACAAUUUUGUACUAUUGAGUGACAGUUGCCAUCACAAAUGCAACAACAUGUGUGUAGCUCAAAUAUAAAAACCUACAAUGUUACUUGACUUUUGGCUUGUGUUAUUUUUUUUGUUGGUGUGUUUUAUGAAGUGACCCAAAUUUACAGAAGUCAGUUUCCUGCAACGAUGCCCCAGCGGGUAGUUAGAGGGUAACAGAGAGAAGAUAAUGCCAUUCCUUUAGAAAAAAAGUAUUCUUUUUUUCUGGAUUAAUUGUGUGGUGGGAAAACUGUGUUUUCCUUAGUUUUGCCUUAAUAAAAGUUCUAUCUUAUGGAUGAUAUGGUAGCACAUUAAUUGUACAUGUUAUAAUAUUGUAUGACAUGUAGAUGUAAACAUGUUGAAUUGAUGGAGAAUCUUGAGUUUGAAAUAUGCAAGCCUUUCAUUGAAGAUAUAAAAGAGACAAUGAUUUCGGUUGUAGGUCAGAAUUUAUGUAUAUGGAAUUGAUGGAUGAUAAACAUGUUGAAAAGUAGAAAGAUAUUUUAUCAGCAAACUUCAUUAAUACAGAAUACAAAGAUGUUCUGACAA